AUGCCCAAACAUAGUCAUAAUUCCCAAUUCAUUACCAGCAUUUGCUUUCCACCCUUUUCCUACUUUAUACAUCUUGCCCAGUCUUGGUUUCCCAUGUCGUCCACGGGUGUCAAAUCGCCCAGAAUACAAUGUCAAUACCAUACGUUUUCGAAAUGCACAAUAUCAUUUUUAAUGGCCUAUUCUCAUUCUAUCAGUGAUACAGUCACUUCUGCUCUCUUUCAGCAUGUUGACAGUGGAGGGUAUGAGGACCUUCGAUUCUUUCGAUAUCCCCGGGCAAAAUAG